AUGUACGCCUCCAGCAUCAUCGUCUUCGCUUUGAGCGCUUUGACUGCCACCGCCUCCCCUGUGACGCCCUCCCCUCUUGUCUCGCUGAAGGCUUACUGCCCCGGCAAGUACUUCGUCAACCCUCAGUGCUGCUCCACCAACGUCGGAGUCGCCGCUUUUGACUGCAAGAUCCCUACCGGUGCUCCCUCCAGCCUUGAGGACUUCAAGAGCACCUGCUCUGCUGAGAAGAAGGAUGCUCUGUGCUGUCUCAUUCCUCUGGGCGGUGCCGACCUUGUUUGCAAGGAGCCCCAGCAGAUCUAA